AUGACAGAGGUUGACCCAUCAACGCCACUUCCCCAAGAGCUCUCGACCAAAUAUCUAUUGAAGUUGUCGACAUUGUCGACUUUGUCGUUCCCCUCUUAUCACGCUCGCUCUUCUCACGGGGGGCUUUCAUCAGAGAGUCGUAUGGGACAUCUGGUAACUUGUUUGAGUUUCUGUCGCACGCCGCGGCACCGCUCUGAGGUGGAGAGCAACUUUACACGCGAUGGGCAACGCAAAGCGUUGGACUCGUGGAAUGGGACCCUCUCUCAAGCCCCCACUCCUAACAAUCUUGCCUCCUUGCCCACCUUUCCCCGGAUGACUCCCUUUGAGAUUACUCUUCCGGUAUUUGCGCAGGAAGAAGAAUCAGUGCUGGGUUUCCUGUUGGAUGCUCCUUCAGGCAUGCUGCGGUACUACAGACAGCAGCAGCAGAAACCGUCGUGGAAUCAGAGCAUGAUUAAAGACAUUACGGGAUCCUCUGACCCUACACAGAACUUGGCUUCUUUCUCCUUGUACAAAUUCGGGAGCGGCGGCACGCCGCUCGAGAUGGAAAUCCAGACCCCCACGGACAUGGAUCCUGAGGGACGAGGGGGCGGUGAGGCGCGGCCGUGCCGCCGCACCCAGUUUGCGUGUACGAUGAGCGAUAGCGAAGGCGUGGGCGUGCGGCGAUGCCCCAUUGAGAAACUCCGGUGCUACCGCCGCCCCAUCUCCGACAGCGACGAGGGCAGCACCUCCCAGAUCUGCCUGCGGUCCUCUCGGCGGUACGAACGGUCGCACCCAAGCCGAUGCGCCUCGCAGGAUCCUGAGAAAAGCCACCUUCCACGCGGCGCCCCCUCGGUGGCGAGCGUCGUGCAAGAGGGAGGGGACUCCGCCGCGACUGACGCCGGGGUGGGGCUCAGCCCAACUCCCACCUGGCGAAAGGCGCCCUCAGCGCAGGCACCACGGCAACGGGAUCUAGCCCGGCCGCUCCGCCGGCGGCCGCCCAUUCCCGUGGCCAAAAUGCAGGCCAAAGGACCCCAUCCUCGCCAACGGUUGCCCGCACGCCCCGGGAGGACGCCCCCGCCGGCGUCGCUCCGCAGCCGCCCCCUUGGCGGGCCCCCCACCACCCCGAUAGCCUCAAGCAAACCGAAAGGUGGUGCCAGGGUCGCCACGAACCCUCGCUCUCCCACCUACGGGCUGUUCUUCUCAAGCUCGUCGUCGUACCACUCCUUGAUGAACUUUGUGCUGCAGUUGCAGGAGCGACCCACCCCGGCGCGACAGCGUUGCUUUCAACCUGUGGGCAUUAUUUCGCUUACCGCAUGUAGCACCAGUAGCAACGUGCAGAAAUAG